GUGUGUUCAUGCCACAAACUGGAACUCAUAGUGAGAACCUGUGACUACAACAAAGAACAAACCACAUCACGGUCUACAUACAACCCUCGCUGCAGAACCAGAGGAAAUGGAAAGCAUGCAGGAGUUGAUCCCAUUCGCCAAAGAGAUGCUGAGUCAGAAACCCAGCCGUGGUUUGCUGAAGGUCUACCUGGUGGGCUCUGUGUUUGCAUUGCUGGGGACGGUCAUUGGCCUGGUCGAGACUGUGUGCCACCCUUUCUCCUCUGGUGACACGAUGGAUGCGGAGAUGGUCCUCAUGUUGGCCAGGGAACACAGAACUGUUGAGGCCGAGGUGCAGCGCAGCAGUGUGGAGGGCCAGGGGGAGGAAGAUCAGGAGCAGCUGGCUCGUGAAAGCGGGGCCACGACCCAGAGCAUGACCCUCUCCAAGACUCACAGACUCAGCCAGCGGAGCACAGCCAACCGGCUGCACGCCUCCUAAAGGGGUCAACCCUGAGUGACUUGAGAUAUUUAUUAGGGGGCUGCUCCUUCUGCACCACUGAGUUGCGCCACAUGUACAUAAUCUGAAGCUUUACUGACAACUUGCCAUUCUGUGCUGCUUACUGAUGAUGCCUUCAAGUGCUGCUGGAAAUGUUGCUUAGUAUGCCUUAUGCAUUGGGCACACAUGGGCCCAGGGUCAGCCAACAUGGGAGAGUUUUGGACAAGCCCACCCAUUGUCAUGAGAGUGUGGAAAUCGAGUCAGCAAUACAGUAUGUGGUAUAAGUGAAGUGUACAUUAAGUCAGUCAGAGCAAUGGUUUUGCGGUUCCCCAGGGAUCUUCCAAUUUGUUUUCCUGAGUCCCCAUCAAACGCAGGAAUUGUUUAUGAUUAUCAAAUCAAAAGUUUGGACUUCAGAGCUUGAAGUUGGAAGUUUACAACAAGUCCCCGAAGGCAGCAUCGGUUGGCUGUGAUAAGCUGCUGUGCAGCACCACUUGUUAUCUGCUGAGUGUAUCUGACCGCCACUCCACCCACAUACUGGGCUCAAUGAGAGGAGUGUUUUUGUAAAUAUUGUGCUAUGUGCAAAUACUGUACUAUCUGUUUUUCAUACCAAUAAAGUUCAUUUUAUUUAUUA